UGAAAGUGGAGAGGAGCGGAGGAGACUUAUCUGUCGUCAUUGCGAGUAUGAAACGGAGCACAAGCAGAUGAUGAGGAGACACAUGAGGUCCCACAGAACGUACCAGUGUGACCAGUGCGACUAUUCCACUUCAAAAAAGGGUCCACUGAAACGCCACAUGGCGGUGCACACCGGUGAGAGACCUUACCACUGCGGUCACUGUGACUUCUCUGCAGCAAGGAAAUACGGUCUUUUCAGCCACGUUAGAGCAGUUCACAGCGGUGAGAGACCAUAUAAGUGCACUUACUGUGAUUAUUCUACAGCGCAAAACGCUCAACUUAAGAACCACGUUAUGGCUAAACACACCAACACCAGGCCGCACAAGUGCACGCUGUGCGACUAUUCUGCGGUUGAGAAAAGGGGUUUGAAGUUCCACAUGGCUACCCACACUGGGGAGAAACCAUACAAGUGUGAGGUGUGUCCUUUCGCCACUCAUCAGAAGCAGACUUUAAAACAGCACGUGCUCACACACAGUGCCGACAAACCGUUUAAGUGCCAUGUCUGUGACUAUUCCGCAGUCCAAAAGGGAGCUUUGAAAAGACACAUGUUGAAACACACACAACCUAAAAUCAAGGUUAAAAAGGAGCCAAAGAAACAUAGCUGUCCGCACUGUGAGUAUGAAACCAUUAGUACAACAGCAAUGACAAAACACAUCCGGACCCACACCGGGGAGAAACCCUUCAAGUGUCAACAGUGCGACUACUCAGCAUCGCAGAAACCGCAACUGCAACGGCACAUCCGGGGUAAACACACCGGUGAGAGACCUUACCACUGUGGCCACUGCGACUUUUCCGCAGCAAGAAAGGACGGUCUAUACGUGCACAUUCGGACAAUACACGGCGGGGAGAGGGCCUAUCAGUGCCAGUUUUGUGAUUAUUCGGCACAACAGUCUGGCCAUCUGAAAGAGCACGUAAUGGCUAAACACAGCAACUACAGGCCGCACAAAUGCACUCUGUGCGACUUUUCUUCAGUUAGCAAAAAGUCUUUAAAGCAACACAUGACGACCCACACUGGAGAGAAACCUUACAGCUGUGAGUUGUGCAGUUAUUCCGCUCGUCAAAAGGGUAAGUUAAAGCUGCACAUGGCGAAACACAAAGGGGAGAAACCUUUUAAAUGUGAAGUCUGUGAUUAUGCUAGUGCAUCAAAAUCAUCUUUAAAAAGUCACAUGGCCACACACACCAACAUAAAACCGUACAAAUGUGAGGUAUGUGAUUACUCGACCAUAAGCAUGACUUAUUUGAAAAAGCACAUGGCAGUUCACGCCUUGGAGAAACCCUUCCACUGUGAAUACUGUGACUAUUCUGCAGCACGAAAAACAGACCUGAAACGACACAUGGCUAAACACACCGGCGACAAACCACACAAAUGUGAACUUUGUGAUUUUUCUACAGCGCGAAGGAGCCAUCUAAAGCGGCACAUGACCACGCACACUGGUGAGAAACCUUACAAAUGUGACGUUUGUGGAUACGCUUCGGCAGAAAUGUGCUUUUUGAAAGAGCACAUGACUAAACACACAGGGGAGAAGCCUUACCAGUGUGAGGAGUGCGACUAUUUCACAACGAAAAAAGGGAGUUUAGCAAUACACAUGACAAAGCACACCGGUGAGAAGCCGUACAUGUGCGAGGUUUGCGGGUUUAAGACAGGAACGAAGGGUACCUUGAGGCAGCACACAGCUACACACACGAAACCCCACAGGUGUGACCAGUGUGACUACUCCGCAGCGCAGAUCGCGCACUUGAGGAGGCACAAGGCCAGACAUGCCGAAGACAGAAGCAGUGUGUAAGUGCCUG